AUGAGCACAAGUGGUGGUGAAACCUCAAAGACAAUCUAUGGGGUUCCCGAAUCUGGUUGGACUUCACCAAAGUGGAAUUGGGGAUAUGCUUCUGGAACUGGACAUGACUGUGCAGCGAUUUGCCGCCAAGUUUAUUCAGCAAAACAAUCUAGAGAGGUUCUUGUGAAUGAUUUGAUUGCUGCAUCAGGACAACCAGAAGAUUUCGAGGAAGUCAAGCUGGUUCUCGGUCUGGCCUUUCAAAAUGGUCGAUGGGAUGGAUCGGAUGGUGGACAGGGUGGAUACGGGGUCGUGCUUUCCCACCUGGCGGAAGCACAGCGCUAUGAAGUUGGGUCAGAAGAACAGUGCUCCAAGAACUUUGUUCAAGAUAUGCAGGCAAGAUUUCAGCUCCUGGGACCGUCACCUGAAGAUCAAGCCUUGAUGGAUGAGCAACUAGAUGAACCAAACGUAGAUGCUGCUCGCCGUCGUUGCAGUGGAUUAGUACUGAAAACGAUGGGAUUUCUGAAGAAUGGACUGUAA